UCUUAUUAUUGACAGUGUCCUACUCACCUCACGUACUUUGCAAAAACUGAUUUCAAGAUUAUCGUAGCACUGUUUAUGGUGUAUUGUAAAUUUUCAAACGUGUAGAUCAAAUCGCUUUUUGGCUUAUAGGGUUUUGUCAAGUAUCGCAACUUCAUAAUAUGUCAUUCCAAUCACCAAUGCCUAGCCGGGAGUUCCUUUGGGAUAUCUUUAGAAGAGUGGACAAAGACCGCAGCGGGUAUAUAUCAGCCGAUGAGCUGCAACAGGCUUUGUCAAAUGGCACCUGGAACCCAUUCAACCCAGAAACAGUAAGACUUAUGAUUGGUAUGUUUGACAAACAGAACAGAGGUGUCAUAUCAUUUGAAGACUUUGGCGCCCUAUGGAAAUAUGUCACAGAUUGGCAAAAUUGCUUUCGCUCAUUUGAUAGAGAUAACUCUGGAAAUAUAGACAGGCAAGAACUGAAGAAUGCUCUCACAGCAUUUGGGUACCGGCUAUCUGACGAAGUUGUGGGCAUUAUGGUCCAAAAAUUUGAUAGAUUUGGACGAGGCACAAUUUUGUUUGAUGAUUUCAUCCAAUGUUGUGUCACUUUAUAUACGUUGACUUCGGCAUUUCGCCAAUUUGACACUGACCAAGAUGGCGUGAUCACAAUCCACUACGAACAGUUCUUGAAGAUGGUAUUCGGCCUAAAGGUAUAAACAUGGAGAUGCUUUUACCACCGUCUAGGUUUAUGUUAAAGACAGUUUGCUAAGCAAGCAAAUAACAUAACUUUUUGUAAUACAUAUUCAUUAAUAUGUAGGUAUGACACAAUUAUACAUGUUAUUUGCUAGAUAUAAGUUCUGUAAUUUGAAUUAUAUCUAGAAUAUAUUAGUUACAGUAGCCUGCAAUACAACAACGUAGAUCGCGAAAAUAUCUGACACAAUCUUAUUUGUAGCGCAAUGAGUGUGUCAAAUAUUUUUGCGGCCUUCGUUGUGUAUUAUUAUAGCAGGGGAUCGUAUUUGUCAUGUAUGGUUAUAUUUAUAUACAUACAUACAUUUCUGUUAUGAUGAUCGGCAUGCAAAGUUCGAUUUCAUUUAUUACUUGUAAAGUUACUUCAGCGAGGGAAAAUGAACCGCUGCAUUAGGUUUUAUGUUGAGAAAAGAGCUUACUUUGUUUUCACAGUAUUUUAAGUCUAUUGAUGUGAUUUUAUUAUAAUACACAUAAAUAACCAUGUUAAAAACAUUCACAUUUUAUAUGUACUAUGUACUAUAUUUUUUAAUUAUACCUAUUUAUUUUAUAAAAAGAAAAAAACUAUUGCUAAACGAUUAUACUUGUUAUAAAUGUUAUUGGACAUGUAUAGAUGUUUCAUAUGUCGUUAAUAACGUAAGGUAUAACAAAUUAGGUGCUUUUUGAAGAUGUUGCCUCACGAUAUCAAAUAGUUCACAGAGCUAUUUCCAAUUUUUCCCUGUACGACAUUGACUUAAAAUAUCACAGACGCACAGAAUCAAACAAAAUUGUCCGAUAAUAUGACUCGUAACAAUGAUCAAUUAGAUACGAAGCUACAGCUUUUUUCGUGCUGAGUGUUGUUCUAUAUAUUAUAAGAGUCAAAUGCUCCACGCUACCACUAUUGAUAUUUCCAGUCCAUUCAAUGGGACGAAACACAAAUUCUGUAUAUUCUUCUAUAUUGUUUUUUACAUUCUCUGUACAGGUGUCAAUUAACGAGUAUAUCGUUUAACCUGUUUAUGUUAUAACCGUGACUGCAUGUAUGUUGUAGGUAGAUGUUUGUUGGUGUGUUAAGUAUGUGUUGUGUACUCUAACCGUGGACUUUUUUCCGUCCAGUGCUGGCCGUAAACUCCGGGGUUUCAAUGUCGCGCCUCCAAGAUUUGGGAACACCCCGACAUUUGUACCUGCAAAAUAUCAACCACUUUAUUACCUUAAAGUACCAGAGUCGUACGUUUCUAUAUAUUGUAGCUAAAGUAACUGGUAUCUGGGACAAAUUCAUAAUUUAGACUUGGUAAUCUUUACACAAAGUUGCAUACCGAAUCAUGUUAAUGUAUAUACAAGCUCUCACUAAAAUCACUCGCUAAGACACAUUAUCUACAUUCAAGAACGUAGUAUAUGCAGAUACCAGUCCUUAUUUAUACUUUUUAUUUAUUUAUAGGUAGGUAGCUUAUUUACAAAAUUUUAUCAAACAUAUACCUACUUAGUAAAGAACCUAUGAAUACUUACUUACAUAAGUAAAAAAGUUUGAACGAGACGUCCUGUAGUUUGUAUUUUAUGUAGGUAACAUCUUACCUGUAAACCUUUGUGAUAUCUACCUACCUAUAUACACGAAAACCGCUUGCAUUUGUUUAUUUUUUAAAUACUAUCUUUUGCCUCUUAGAGUAGAUGAUAUACAAAUUUAAGUAUUUUAAAUGUUUAUUCUAAACUGUAUAUGUGUAUUGUAAAAGUGUUGUUUCUGUCUCUGCUCACUUUGCCAAAUUUUUGUGUAGAGAAGCAUUUUUGUAUGUUGCUCAAUCUACGAGCUUAUUAUGUGCACGGUAGUGCACGGCCAAGUUACGAUUUCCAGAAAAGAAAGUCACUUUUUUAGAAUCUCUAUAUCAAGGAAAUUUUGUACAUAGGUAUAUAUAUAUAUAGUUUGUAGUUUACCUAUGUCAUCCAAUGUCGUGACUUUAAUACAAGUUUAUACUCUGAAUUUUAUAAAAUUUCUCAAUUAAGACGCCAUGUUAUUGUUCUAAAAAUAUAUUUGUAGAUUUUUCAUUUAAAAACUUAAUUAUGUUAGGCAUUAAAAUUAUCUUUCGAUUAAAUCGAUCUGAAACGUUGGAGAUCUAUUGCUAAUAAGAAUAAUAAAAAAAAAAUGCAACAAAAUUAUAUCAACUGUCUUUAUUUGAGUGAUAACAAUGAUAUUAAGACCCAGAGGCAAUCAACUCGCAACGCACGCAUGUUGCGCAUCUGUAGAUAAACGAGUCUUUCGUAACUCAUAGCAACCAAGCAAAAUGCACAAAUGUAAUUCUAUCAACCUCGGGCUGCUUAAGGCAUACCUAAAGACGCCGACGCUGUCUUGCAUGGGGAAGCUUCGGCAGUCUUUGGGUAAACAAAACAAAAAGUAAACAAUUGAAUGAGGUUUAAAAUGGCUCUUACGGCUGUUUCGCGAGGUGGGGCAGAUCUUCCGUUGUGUAAAUAUUUGUAACUAUAUACCUACGUACGCUAGUGGCCAAUACCGCUUUAUUUUAAAAGACAAUAAGAUGUUGACUUUUGUUGGAGCUUAAUAGUCCAUCGAGUUGGACAUCGAACCUUAGCGUUUUUUCUUUAACCCUUUUUUAAGGCAUAAGGGUGAGAGAAAUUAUGCAAAAUUGAACCCUAUCACAUUGAAACAAAGUUCAAAAUCAUGUGGAAAAUAUAUUCCCUCUGCCUUAUAAAGGCUUACAUUUUUAACUAUAGCAAGGCAUUUAAUACUUUUCAGAAACUUAUCUUUACUACGGUACAAAAUUCAUGGAUAGCUCAUUUUUACGUUUAAUUUUAGAUAACGUAUGAAUCUAGAAGUCUACCAAUAAAUAGGUAGGUAACUAAUUUGACGCUAUGUUGAGAGGGCAUGAGCGUUACUGGGAAAUAUGCUAUAUUUUUUGAAUUGUAUACUUACUGAUGUUUUUACAUUUUUUUUUCAUCGAAUAAUGCAUUGUAAUACGUUGUCAUACUCGAGGACAAGCAAUUCCCACCACACCACUUGUUUGAAAUAGUCUAGUUUUCAAUGGAAAAAUCAUGUUUCAGUAGAUGAGUGAGAUUUGAAAACUAGCCUAUUAUAAUUAUUACACUAAACUUGUAUCACAAAUAAAAUAACUACCUUAUUAUAGAUAUUACAUUGCCCACUGGCGAUAAGUUGUGUAAACUGAAUGUUUCAGACUAUAGAUUUAUGUCAUAGAUUCUUUAAGCUGCCCUUGAUACCUUUUCCAAUUAAACGUGAACUUCUUCAA